CUACAGUAAUCUCUCCCUCUCAAUCUCAAACAAGAAGCUUGUACAAAGUCAAAAUCCGGAAAAUAAAGGGAAAAAGAAAAGGUGGGAACUUUCAUAAAUUAAUCAACACACCCCACGCAAGAAUCCAAAACCCAGACCAAUCCAACAGCCUAAAGCCCAAAGCUUGUUUUUUUCUCUUUUCUUUCUGCUUAUUUUUAUGAAAACUAGAGCAGGGAAGAAGAAGGAGAAGGUUGGAAUAAGGAGAUAGAAACGAGGAAGAGAAGAGAAGAAAAGAAGGAAGGAGAAGAAGAAGAAGAUGAGCUUGAAAAACUCCGAUGCUCUGAAAACUACCCUGCACAACUCAAUCCAAGCUCUGGGUAGGGGGUUCGAUGUCACAUCUGACAUAAGGCUGCUCUACUGCAAAGGUGCUCCUGGGUCAAGGCUUAUUCAAAUCGAUGAGCAUCGCACCAGGGAUCUUGUGGCCGCCGGCCAUGGGGUUGCGCUGCCUAAUGCUUCUGUUGAUAUUGAAUGCUCCAUGGGGGCGAGAAGCAUUGAGAGGAUUCCUGUUUGCAGCUUCCAUGAGAUGGCAGAGCAGUUCAAUGAGCAAUCCGGUGUAUCAGGACGCAUACCACUGGGAAGCUUUAAUGCCAUGUUUAAUUUCACUGGUUCAUGGCAAGUGGAUGCUGCGGCAACAAAAUCGCUUGCAAUGGUUGGCCAUUUCAUUCCCCUUUAUAAAGUCCAACUAGCAAAGGUGAAUUUGAUUUUGCAAGAGGAGGUCAAGAAAGCUGUUCCAUAUUCAUGGGAUCCUGCAUCCUUGGCAAGUUUCAUUGAGAGCUAUGGUACUCACAUUGUCACAUCUGCAACAAUUGGUGGAAGAGAUGUCGUCUAUAUCAGGCAGCAUCAAUCGUCUCCUUUAACAGCAACUGACAUUGAAACCUAUGUGAAAGACAUUGCCGAUCAACGAUUCCAAGAAAGCCAGACAAAUUCCGCCCCCUUGAAAUACAAGGACAAGGAUGUAACAGUGAUUUUUAGGAGGAGAGGGGGUGAUGAUCUCGAGCAAAGUCAUGCGAAAUGGGCAGACACGGUUCAGUUUGCGCCGGAUGUGAUCAACAUGACCUUUACACCUAUUGCAUCUUUGCUUGAAGGAGUGCCUGGGAUUAAGCAUUUGUCACGGGCAAUCGACUUGUACUUGGAAUAUAAACCACCGAUAGAAGAUCUGCAAUAUUUCUUGGAUUUUCAAAUUCCCCAGAUUUGGGCGCCAGAGCAGAACAACCUCCAAAGGAAAGAACCUGUUUGUAAAUCCCUUCAGUUCAGCUUGAUGGGUCCCAAGCUUUACAUCAGUCCAGAUCAGGUAACAGUGGGCCGAAAACCCGUGACUGGACUUAGACUGAGCCUAGAAGGCAGCAAGCAGAACAGGUUAGCUAUCCAUUUGCAGCAUUUGGUCUCCCUCCCCAAAAUCCUGCAACCGCACUGGGAUGCCCAUGUGGCAAUAGGUGCACCCAAGUGGCACGGGCCAGAGGAGCAAGACAGCCGUUGGUUCGAGCCCAUCAAGUGGAAGAACUUCUCCCAUGUAAGCACUGCCCCAAUUGAGUACACAGAGACAUCGAUCGGAGACCUCUCUGGGGUCCACAUAGUCACUGGAGCUCAGCUUGGUGUGUGGGAAUUUGGCACCAAAAACGUCCUACACCUCAAGCUCCUCUUCUCAAAGGUUCCCGGUUGCACAAUAAGGCGGUCAGUGUGGGACCACAGUCCUUCUCCGAACCCUAGUAUACAGAGCACAGCAUCAUCUUCAUCAUCGUCAUCAUCAGGUUCCAAGGAAGACAGUUCGAGCCACGCAGGGAAGUUGAUCAAGAUUGUGGACCCUACCGAGAUGUCGAGGGGACCUCAAGAUAUACCAGGCCAUUGGUUAGUGACAGGAGCAAAGCUUGGGGUAGACAAGGGGAAGAUUGUCUUGCGUGCCAAGUAUUCAUUAUUGAAUUAUUAAAUUGAAUUUCGCUUUUUUAAUUUUUUUAAAACUUUAGGAUCAGGCAUUUGUUUUUCUUCACCCAUUUUGUGGGAGGGAGGGGUUCCACUAUGUAAGCAUUAGUCAUAACCGAGCAUUCUUUGCACAUGUGCCUUCCCAUUAGUUCGUUUGUUCUUCUGUACAUUUUCAGGGUCAAAUUUUGUUUGAUUGAUUUGUUUCUGCAGUUCCCUGGAUCAGUUGCUUGCUUAUUACGGUAUCCUAUUCAUUGAUAAUAAUAUAGGCCGUUUACG